AUCUGUUAACUCGGCGCACUUUUGACCGGUAACAUAUGAAAAUUGGCCCAUUACCUUGCGGACACAUUGUGUUUAUUGGUUCUACCAUGUAAAUAAACCACGGAACACCUCUAAGGUUACAGCAAUAUUGUGGUCUAUGCUGCCCGUUGGAGAAUGCAUUUGUGUGAUCUGCUUCAUCUAAGAAAUUUAUGUUUGUUCAUUUUGCUUCAGCUGAAGAAGAGGGUGAGACUUGUGCAACACCUCCUCCUCUCAAAGCUUGUGAAGAUAAAACGACAAAUAUUGUAUAUGGAUUACUCUCGGAACAAGGAGCUCUAUUCACUAACCCUAACAUGAAAAUAAAGUGCAAAUAUGUUUUCAAGGAAGGUUCAGGUUUCACAUCAAAUGUAAAUUCUAUAAUAAAAAAGCCUUUUGAAGGGAAAUUCGAUUGCGGCGUCAACUCUGGCAUGACUGGGAUCAAACUGUGCUUCGAAGGUGAUUUGAAAUAUAUUGCCAUUCAAUGCACGAAAUUGAAGGAUAAAUAUAAACUGCCAGAUGAUAAAAAAAGGAGUUCUGGAAACAGCAAACGAGAACCGGGUCUUGCUACUUGCAACGAAAAUGAAUUAGUUGUGUCUCUGUUGCUGGAAAAAGAUACAGACACAGGAGACAUCAAUGUCAGCAUUGAAUGCAUAGAGUUAACACAAAAUUAACGUUCUCUUUACUACUUUUGAUAGUUUAAGUAGUGGUUAAACGCUUAGAGCAGAUUAUGCUAUACACAUGCGCAAAAUAACCGGUCUCAUAAUUUACCGACAAUUUAGAAAACAUUGUUUCCCACUCCAAGAUUAAAAAUUAGUUUCGAAAUUUUAAAUUAGCUAAAAAUUGAUUCCAAGCAGAUGAUUGAAUAGAUGCAGCAAAAGUCUGGUGUAGUCUGAGUACAAAAACUUAAAACAUAAAUAUAAAUUUCUAAAUAAUAAAAAAGAAGUUCUGGAAACAGCGAACAGCCACUAGGUCCUGCUUCAUGCAACAAAAAUGAAUUAGUUGUUUCUCUUAUGUUUAAAAAAAGAUUCAAACACAGAAGAUAUCAAUGUUAACAUUGCGUAGAGUUACUACAGAAUUAACAUUUUUUUAAAACUUUAGAAACAUUUGUCAGUUUAAGUAGUGUUAAAUCAUUAUGCUCUACUCAUUAACCUGUCUUUAUACCGCGUCCCAUAAUUUAUAAGGAAAUUUAAAAAAACUUAUAAUAAUAAAAAAGUCAAAGAAUAGAAAUACAUGGUUUGAUUUCUCCAAAUCACGUGUCAAAAUUAGAAACUGUGUUCGUCACAAGGCAGCGCUGCUAAAUGAGAAAAGCUAGAAGAAUAUUUUCAGGAAAACCACAACUUUCUGCAACAAUAUGGAUGAAAAAAAGAAAAUGUUGCGAUUUAAAAUGUUAAACUUUUUUCACUAAACUUUUUUAACAACUUAAAUUAGUCACUAUAGCACAUUAAAGUUUAUAACACUAUUCUUAAUCGAUAAAGAAUCAAUAUUUCGUUAUUUUUACCUGCGCUAAACAAUGAUAAAAGAGAAAGAUGCAGAGUAUACUUAUCGCACUAUGCUUUCAUGUUCCUUCCUUCCUUUUUUUUAUUUUUUAACUUUCAUAUGUAUUUAUCCAUGUUGCAAAAAA